AUGGGAAAUGCAUACGAGUCGCCGUUCUUCGCGGUAAAUGCGGCAACAUUUGUUCAGAACUUACAAAAUUUCGGCUUUGCAAGACUCGAAGUUACGUCGGAGCAGGCAAAAAUUCCUCAACUCGCGUUCGAACGGGUGAGAAAAUGGCUGGUGGAACAAAUGGAGCUCUCCAAGGAGAAGAGAUGGGUCGACUAUGUUGAUGUAAGCAAAGCUGGAGAGACGGAUAACUCGAGUGACAGUUAUUACUCUUCACACCCGAAUGUGUCUCGUGGGCGACGUGUGGGCUUUAGUUCGGAUCGCAAUCGAGAGUACAUGCAACUACGUCUCCCUAUAGCUGCAAGUGGUACACCGUGGCCCCCUGUUUACUUCCAGGAUAGCAACGAGAACAAGGAGUUUGCGACCGAUCUGCUGACGUUAUUGGAGCUACUGGACGAUAUAUCACGUGAUUGCAUGAAGGCUGUCUGUGAAGUACUAAACAUUGACGAGCGCUGGCUAUUUGAAGAGCUUCUGGACGAUCGAACUCGUCCAACCGAUAGCUUUACUGGAUCUCGAGACCCAAGUUACCAGUAUGGGGCAUCGGUGCUUCGUGUAUACAAUUACCGUAACAAGGGACGUAGCCCCGCUGAGGUGGAUCCGAACGAUUUUUCAUGUGGAGUGCAUGCUGAUCUUGGCCUUGUUACCGUGUCUCCUGUAGCUACUGUCCCGGGGCUACAGAUGUGGAACUUGGAACGAAUGAACUGGGUGGAGGUGGAGGAAAAUGCCUCAACACUUCACUUCUCGGUAUUUGCUGGAGAGACGCUAGGGCUGCUAACACACGGAGUCAUCUCGGCUCCUUUGCAUCGUGUGCCGCCGAUUUGCGUGGAAUCGGAAUCUGGGAGACAAAUGUCCAUGCCUUAUUUUCUGCGAGCAAAACCUGGUGCGUGUCUUAAUCCGAAAGCACCGAAAGCUGAGCAAAUAACGUGCCGCGACUUCAUGGAGGACGUUGUGUUCAAGAAACGACUGUGGCGUCGAGAGAACAGUAAUAAUCCUGCACCGCCAGACUACUAA